AUGCAGAAACCACGUGGUAUGUUGUUACAGCCUGUUAUAGGUAAUUUGACAUACAAAGUUGUGAACAGUGUAGAUCCACACAACGAAACUCAUAUCAUAUACGGAAAGAGUGGAUUCCCUAUUCCAUUCUCACUCUACCCCAUUCAAUACAAAGAUGAAAGUGUACAAGACCAGAUAAUCCUACUUUCACCAGAUAGAAGGCAUGUGCUAAGUGCUCCAGUUGGUCCAUGUAUAAUGAAUCCUACUCGUAUAAAAAGUUUCAAAUUACUGCCAAAUGAAAAAAAUACUGAAGCAGAUUUGAUUGAGUGA